AGCGCCCUCAUCAUCAUGAUGGUGUGGAGUAUCACCUACAACAACUGGCUGACUUUUGCCUUGCUUGUUUGGUCCUGUAUCAUCUGGAUGAUGCGAGAUCGGCGGAGGUAUGCCAUGAUGUCUGCCCCUUUCCUUGCCAUCUACACCACCGUCCUGGUGGUGCUGGGCUUCCUGAGCGGACUCCGUCUUAGCCGAGCUGAACUUUACCCUGGUCUGCCUCCGACGGUCAUAGUGGAUUUUGACCUGAACAGUUACCAUCCUGCACCCUGUAUCCAUCUGGGAGCCAAGGUCUUCUACAGCUUCAACUUCUGGGUGAUGUUUCGUCAGCAGCUCAAGGAGCGAACGGAGGAGAAGAACAUAAAGGCGGAAUCUCUAGAUGAAGUCAAAGUCAUGCCACCGGAGGAAAGUCAGCCAUCACCUCUAGUAGAGAUGCUGAUCUCGAGUGUUAAAGGAAUGCUGGUGAAAUAUUGGAUCCUGUUUUGCUACUCAAUGUUCUUUGUGGUCAGCUUCUCUGGAAAGGUAGUCGUCUACAAGAUCCUCUACAUUGUCCUCCUCCUACUCUGUGUUGUUCUCUACCAGGUCCAUUAUGAUGUUUGGCGUCGGAUUCUGAAAAGAUUCUGGGCAGUGGUGGUGGGUUACUCCAUGGUGGUGUUGAUAGCCGUCUAUAUGUACCAGUUCAGAAGUGUCUCUGCACUCUUCAGACAGAUCAUGGGCAUGUCAGAAGAAGGGCUCCGUGACCUGGGUUUGGAAAGGUACAGCACAGUGGAGCUGUUUGCACGUAUUUUGCUACCUGCUGCAUUUCUUUUGGCUUGCAUCCUCCAGCUGCAUUACUUCAACUCAGACUUCCUCACUCUUACUGACCUGGACAAUGUACCUGUUCGGCUGAAGUCCAGAGAGGAAGAACUCAAAGCUUCUGUCAACAUGAUAUCUGACUUAAUUAAAGAAAACAUUGAGAAGCUUCAGAAAAGACUUGUGAAGGAGCAGAUGGGAAAUGCCAAAAGUCAGGAGACUUUGGACAGCAUUGGACUGCAAAGCUCCUCUGAGAAAGGAGCUGAAGAGCAGGAGGAGACAACAGGAGACGAAACCAUGCAAAGCAACCAUGAAGACAAGUGGAACGUGAUUGUGGACCGAGCAAGCUUGCUGCUCAUUCAGGUUGUGUCUGGACUUUACAGGCUCCAGGAGUUGAGCUGGAGACUGAUGGAGCUUCACAGCCUUAAAAUAGUUUCCACUGGCAUCAUCUGGGUGUCUCUGCAAGAGGUUUCGCUGAUGAACUUCCUGUUUCUGGUUCUGUGGGUCUUUGCACUCCCUUUCCCACGUUUACGACCUUUGGCAUCCAGCAUCUCUGCUGUGUGGGCCUGUGUCAUGGUGGUGUGCAAGAUGUUUUACCAGCUCAAAGUCAUCAAACCUCUUGAUUACUCCUCCAACUGCACUGCUGGUUUGCUGCCUUCCAAUAGCUCAGGACUAGAUGAUGGAGCAGAGAUAAGAGGAAACAUGAUGGAGCUGCUGAGGAGGUCUAUUCUCUACAUUGAACCUGUUGACCCCGUCUACUGGUGUGGAGCACUGCGCAAGUGUGACGGCAGAAUCCUUCCCUGUCUAAGGAACCAUCUUAUGGUGCUGGGGUUGCUUUUGUUUGAAGCAACUGUCCAUCGGCACCAGCUUUACUUCCGUCUCAAUAAUGACCUGAAGCCGCCACCCUUUAGCAUAAUUUUCCAAGGCAUCACGAGGCAUCAUCUGGAUCAUGGCAUCCUGCCCUGCAUCAAAUACUUCAUUAACUUCUGUUUCUACAAAUUUGGACUCGAGAUCAGUUUAAUAGUGGCAGUGAACGUUAUUGGUCAGAGGAUGGAUUUCUACGCCUUUCUCCAUUCCUGUGCCUUAAUGGCAGUCCUGUUCCGACGACGCAGGAAGGCUAUCGGAGAAGUGUGGCCUAAAUACUGCUGCUUCACUGCCGGACUCAUGGUAGUUCAGUACCUCCUCUGCAUUGGCAUCCCUCCUGCUCUGUGUGUUGAUUACCCCUGGAGGACUGCAACUCAACCUCUCACCUCUAAUGUUAUCAAGUGGUUUUUCCUGCCUGACUUUGCUAUGAGACCCAACCCAUCCUUCAUUUUCUAUGACCACCUCCUGCUGCUCUGCUCCUCCCUGCAGUGGCAGGUGUUUGUGGAGGAGAACCGAGCUGCUGUGCGACUGCUUGCUGGUGACAAUGUUGAGAUCAGCCGCAGUCUGGACCCUUGUUCCUUCAACCAGUUCAUACCUGUUGACAACUUCCUACACUGCAGGUGCUACCUCGACAUGGUGAAGGUGUUUAUUUUCAGCUAUUUCUUCUGGUUGGUGCUCUGCCUCAUCUUCAUCACUGGCACUACGCGGAUCAACAUUUUCUGUCUUGGUUACCUGGUGGCCUGCUUCUACUUUAUGUUGUUUGGCGGCAGCGUGCUAAUGCAGCCUGUCAGAUACAUCCUUCGACUUUGGGACUGGCUCAUCGGCUACACCUGCUUUGUGAUUGCUAUGAAAAACUUACUGUCUCUUGGUUCUUGUGCCUAUUUGGACAGCCUGUUGAAGAACAGCUGCUGGUUAAUUCAGGCAUUCAGUAUGUUCUGCACCAUCAAAGGCUAUGAUGUCCCUGAGCCUGACGAGGAGUGUGAACUGCCAGAGGGUGAAGCCGGCAUCGUCUGGGACGCAAUUUGUUUCACCGUACUACUGGCACAAAGGAGAGUCUUCCUCAGCUACUACUUCCUCUACGUGGUGUCUGACCUCAAGUCCUCUAAGAUAUUAGCCUCAAGGGGUGCUGAGCUGUUUGAGGCCAAAGUGAAGAAGCAGGUAGCAGCCAGGCUGGAGAUGGAAAAGAAAUCUGUCGAGACACUGAAGAGACAGAUGGAGAAGAUUAAAUCUAAACAGAAGAGUCGACCUGCAGAAACAGACAAAGCUGUACUUCCUGCAGAUCAGGAGCAGGUGACACUCGAUGAUGAUGAAAAGGCAAAGAGAGAUGCAGGAAAAUGGUGGAAGCCUUGGGUCUCCACACCUGGAGUGGAAAACAAUUGUGGCUACCACCUAUUUGAGAGCGACAGCGAGGAAGAGGAGGAAGAAGUUGCAGAAAAGAAAGAGGAGGAACCACCAAAGAAGAAGUCAGCUUUCCAGCUGGCUUACAACGCCUGGAUCACCAGCUCUAAGACUGCCUUGAAAGACCUGAAGAAAGAAAAGAAAAAAAUAAAGAAAGAAGAGAGGAAAAGGGUAAAGAGAGAGCUGCGAAAGGAGCAGGGCAUUGAUAGAGCAGACUCCAGUGAGGAUGAACUGGAUGAAAGUACUGUGGUUGAGGAGGAAGAGGAGCAAAAAGAAAACAUCCUGCAGCGCAUCAUCAGCACAAUAAAGUUAAUCUGGGUGCUCCUCCAGUCGCUUGCGGAUGAUCUGACGGAUGGAUUGAACUCCUUCUGUAAAGACAACCUCGACAUUUCCAAAGUGCUGCGCUUUGAGCGAGCGUUACUCAACCAGCAGCAAAAGAAAGGCAAAGAGGUGAGUCAGGAGAGUGUGAAGCAAUUUUAUGAAAACUGGAUUUCCCGUCAGCAUACAAUGUCAUCUCAAGACGGCCUGGAUAGCCUGCCUCCUCCCUCCUCCCCACCGGUUGUCUCCUCCUCAUAUCAUGGCUAUGCCAAGCUAAAGAACCAAGCCUCCAAAAUGUCCUGGGGAAGCAGCUUUUCCAGCUGUAUGACAGAUGAGACGAUGCUGGGCUCCAGACAGCCGACACAGGAAGAGCUGGAGGAACCUCCUUUUGUGCCACCCGCUGCUCACCAGCUCAGACCGAGACUCCUCAAAGAGGCCAACAUCGAUCUGACCUCAUUUGACGGUGAUGAACUUUUACAAAGCUGUCCUGAUGGCACCACUGAAAAAGAAGAACAUGAAGAGGAGGAGGAAGAAGAAAAAGAUACAGAAGGUGAGAGGAAAUCUGAGCAGGAUCAUGAAGAGGUAGAUGAUGAACAAGAGGAUACAGAGUUUGAGAAAGUUGAGCUGGAUGAGGAAAUACAGAGAGAAGAGGAUGAGCACUCCAAAUAUGCAAAAUGCGUUUCACUGGAUCUCAGAGAGAGUGAUGAAGAGAAAAGUUUUGACCUCACAGAGUCUCCCAGACCUCUGAGUCAGGAAACAAGAAACCUCACUGCCAGCGAGCUGCUGCUCAACAACAUGUUUCAAAACGAUGACAUCUCGGAGUCUGAUAAGUUUUUUGUGACCUUGCCGAGGCCACUGAAGUUGAUGUUUGCCCUCUACAACACCAUGGUGUCUAAGUCAGAGAUGCUGUGCUACUUUGUCAUCAUUCUCAACCACAUUGUGUCAGCUUCAUUCCUCUCCCUCAUCCUGCCAAUUCUCAUAUUCCUCUGGGCCAUGCUGUCUGUGCCCCGGCCGACCAAACGCUUCUGGAUGACGGCUAUAAUCUACACAGAACUGACUGUUGUGGUGAAGUACUUUUUCCAGUUUGGUUUCUUCCCCUGGACCACCUCUGCUUACCGAGGCAUCAAUGCUGACCGGCCUUUCGCCCUGCCCAACAUCAUCGGAGUGGAGAAGAAAGAUGGCUAUGUCCUUUUUGACCUCAUUCAGCUUCUCGCUCUGUUUUUCCACAGAUCCAUCCUAAAGUGCCACGGGCUAUGGGACAACAAGGAAGUUGAGAUGCCUGAUUUCUUCAAGAAGCUUAAGAAAAAAGUUGACAAGAAGAAGAUGACAGGGGCAGAUAAGAUGGGCAGCAAGGACAAACCUUUACGUCGGCUGAAGUGUCUCCCACUCCAGGCCUCAACCACCUCCAUAUUCUGUAGACAAAAAAGAGAUGACUCUGCAGGAUCUUUUGACGUGAAGCCAAAAAAGCAGAACAGCAAGAAAAAGAGACGACAAGGAAACGCCCCCCCACUGACAAGAAAGCAGAGGAUCAGACAGCAGAUCAGAGAGAGGAUGCUGCAAGCCAAAGCCACCAUCAUAGAAGUAGCUCUUCACAUCUACUUACCUAUACGGCAGUUUUUCUACGACAUCAUCCACCCAGAAUACAGUCCUGUGUGUGACGUCUACGCCCUCAUGUUUCUCAUUGAUGUUGUCAACUUCAUUGUUACCAUAUAUGGAUACUGGGCUUUUGGGAAAUACUCCGCAGUGGUGGACAUCACAGAGUCUCUGUCAGAAGACCAGGUUCCAGAGGCAUUUCUGGUCAUGCUGCUUAUGCAGUUUGGUACCAUGAUAGUGGACCGGGCCCUGUAUCUGAAGAAAUCUUUGCUAGGAAAGUGUGUUUUCCAGGUGGUGCUGGUAUUUGGCAUACACUUCUGGAUGUUCUUCAUUCUCCCCGGAGUAACGGAGAGGAGGUUCAACAGAAACCCGAUUGCCCAGCUGUGGUACUUUGUAAAGUGCAUCUACUUUGGCCUGUCUGCCUACCAGAUCAAAUGUGGCUAUCCAAACAGCAUCCUGGGCAACUUCCUCACUAAGAAUUAUAACUACCUGAACCUUUUCCUUUUCCAAGGUUUUCGGAUGGUUCCCUUCCUGACAGAGCUGAGGGCUGUGAUGGAUUGGGUUUGGACUGACACCACCCUGUCUCUCUCCAGUUGGAUUUGUGUUGAAGAUAUCUAUGCUAACAUAUUUAUCCUAAAGUGCUGGAGGGAAUCUGAAAAAAAAUACCCCCACCCUCCAGGCCAGAAGAAGAAGAAGGUGGUGAAAUAUGGGAUGGGAGGGUUCAUCAUCUUUGCUCUCAUCAGUAUCAUCUGGUUUCCACUACUCUUCAUGUCUUUGGUUCAGUCAGCGGCAGGAGUGACCAAUCAGCCUGUGGAUGUCUCGCUCCAGCUCAGCAUUGCAGGAUAUGAGCCUCUGUUCACUAUGACCGCCCAGGAACAGAACUUGGUUGCGUACACAGAAUCUGGAUUUAAUAGACUCACCAAACUUUACGCCACUCAUCCAUCCGCUAUGCAGUUCCUGAUGAACUAUGAAGCUGAAGACAUUGUUGUUGCUAAGAUUAAGAGUGAUGCCAGUCUGCUGUGGAGCAUCAGCCCAGCCAGUCGAGCAGCCAUGAUAGAGGAACUCAGCAACUCCUCUCACGUAUACAUAACUCUACGCUGGACACUUCUUAGGAAUCCAUCCAUUUCAAUGAAUGUGGAGGCAACUGGAGAACACACCGCGAAGUUUAAUGACAAGGCCUUGAGGGAUGGGAUUGUCCACAUGCUCAAAGGCAGCAACAGCAAACCUGUGAUCAUUAAUUCCUUGCUGCCAAAGUAUAUCAGGGGUCCCAAAGGACAAGAAUCCAAAAUGGCAACCAGGAUGGCAGUAGACUUGACCGAGCGUCCAGACCUCCAGGCGCUGGCUUUCUUCAGACCCAUGUCGGUUAAACUUCAGCAGGACAAUGGGACUGAUAAAGACACAGACCAGUGGUGGGUGGUGGAGGAAUGCUCCCCAGCUGUCACCUCCUCUGAAUACAAGUGUCACAGCAUAGAAAUUUUGGUGUUCAAUGAUAAAGUCAGUCCCUCCAGUUUGGGCUUUUUGGCAGGACAUGGCAUUGUUGGUCUGUACAUGUCAGUGGUGCUGGUCAUCGGAAAGUUUGUCAGGGAAUUCUUCAAUGGCAUAUCACGGUCCAUCAUGUUUGAGGAGCUGCCGUGUGUAGACAGAGUCCUGAAGCUCUGCACGGACAUUUUUGUGGUGCGGGAGACGGGAGAGAUGGAACUGGAAGAGACACUAUUUGAGAAACUCAUCUUCCUCUACCGAUCGCCAGAGACCAUGAUUAAGAUGACAAGAGAGAAGAAAGACGAUUAGCCCAUCCUCUGAUAGCGUGACAUCACCCUGUUAAACUUCUGUUGCACAAAGUGAAUGUUUUACAGAAACCAUGGAAAUGGGAAAGCAGGGUUAAUAGGAUUAGAAAAUGACCCAGCUAAUAUUACGAACCCUACCAACAUAUAAAGUUGUUAAAUCCCUUUUAGAUCCCAUUGUUGACCUUCUUGGACAAGGGAAGCAGGCUUAAUUAUUUUUAAAGCCUGCUUAUAUAGUUGAUCAGUUUUAAUGGUAAAAAAUGUUUUAGUUAAUUUGCCUGAUGUAAAAUGAUUGCUGUUAUUUUAAGGGUUACAUCAGAGCACGUUAAUGUUUUGAUGCUAAAAGAGCGAUAAAACAAGUAGUCUAAACUGCUGUAAAAUUGGUAAUGGUCCUUACCAGUUAAUGGCCCACUAGGCAAUGCAUGCUUUUCUAAUUGACUUUUGAAGUUUUUACUGGUGUUCAGAAAACAUAACAAAUUUCAGAUUCAAAUUAAAUGGAUCAAAAUGCUUCUGUAAAUACCAUCUUUCUGUAUAUCACCAUGUAAACUACUUUAUUCAUUUACUUAAAAUAAAAAAAGACUUGUUAGACAAAUGUUUUGAUG